UGUGUCUAAAAAAAAAACACCUAAAACCAAAAAUAAACAAGUUAAAACAAAAUUCAAAAAACAGCCAUGAGCUUCUCGGAAAACACCUCCGAUUCAGAAUGGAAAGCGGCUAGGAUGAAAGUGCAGCGGACCAUCAAGCAAUCCUCAAAGAGCGACAAAGAACCUAAGGAGCAGAAGUCGCCAACUUCCAGGAGCCUGAAACCCAAGUACAACCAAAAGUUCUGCGAGAAGUGGCUAAAAAUCUUUCACCCGUGGCUGCGCCGGGCGGCCGAGGAUCCCAAUAAGCCAUUCUGUCGCGCCUGCCAGAGCACCAUGGACUGCAAUCGGUGUCACCUGGUGCGCCACGAGCGGACCACCAAGCACAAACGCAACCUGGAGGCGCUGCUCACCAAUGGCGAGGGUGCGGCGCUCCAGGAGUUCCGAAUUCGCAAGCAGCGCAGCAAGUACUAUUGCAGGAAAUUGGAGGUGCAGCAAGAGGACAAGGUGGAUAAGGAGAUACAGCUGGAGAACCGGGAUUCGGUGCCCCCCACGAAGACACUUGAAGAGCCUCUCCCCAUGGUGGCUAUUGCAGACCCAAUCUCAUCCGCCCCAUCCAUCGAGCACGUAACUGUGCCCAAGCAGGAGCACCCUUGUGAAACAGAGUCGGCCACAAAGGUGACCGAAUCCUCGUAUAGCCUGCCCAAACGAAGCGACUCCUCCAAUCAGGAGGGCCUCAAGCUACUACUGCAAAUCCACCAGGACAAGAACGAGCUCAUGGACUCCUUUCGCGAGCUAAUGGGUAGCCAAAGGACACCAAAUCACACACCGCCGCCCAAGGAGAAGAACCAUGUCGACCUAUUCUUCGAGAGCGUCAGAUCCAGCGUAAAGGCUCUGUCCCCAAAGUUGGUGGCGGAGGCCAAGAUGCGGGUGUCUCAGCUGAUCUGCGAACUCGAGUUGCGCGGCCUCAAGGAGAACAAUGCUCAGGAAGCGAUGAAUCCACAUCCUCUAGCGAAUUUACCUCGACCGUCAGGACAUGGUGGUCAAGCGGUUGCCCAGCAGCCAGGUUCUAGCAGGAUAGGUUGA